CAAUCGGUGAGGGUGAGGGGCGGGUCUUGUGUAUUUAUGAGCAUACUGGACCCUUUUGGUUCGUACGCACAUUCUCCAUUCGCCACUGUCGCGCAGUCUUUAAGUAUACUGCAGCAAGAUGUCGAAAGAUCAUGAUCAAGGCGCACGGGAACCGGAGCAGCUCCGCAAGCUCUUCAUCGGAGGACUGAGUUUUGAGACCACAGACGAGAGCUUGCGAGCCCAUUUUGAACAAUGGGGUACACUCACCGACUGCGUGGUGAUGAGAGAUACUGGCAGCAAAAGGUCCAGGGGAUUCGGCUUUGUGACCUACUCCACUGUGGAAGAAGUGGAUGCUGGCAUGGAUGCACGGCCUCAUAAGGUUGAUGGCAGGAUGGUAGAGCCCAAGAGAGCGGUUUCCAGAGAGGACUCCAAUAAACCCGGUGCCCACGUAACGGUCAAGAAGAUUUUCGUUGGCGGCAUCAAAGAAGACACAGAGGAAGCACAGCUGCGAGACUACUUCAGUCAGUUUGGAAAGAUUGACUUGGUUGAAAUUAUGACCGACCGCAACACGGGCAAGAGGCGAGGCUUUGCAUUCGUUACGUUUGAUGACCACGAUUCCGUGGACAGGAUUGUCAUUCAGAAAUACCACACAGUCAACUGCCACAAUUGUGAGGUGAGGAAGGCCCUCUCGAAGCAAGAGAUGCAGAAUACGGGCAUGAGUCGCCCUGGUAACUUCAACAGAGGCGGUGGCUAUGGAGGUAAUGAUUUUGGCCGCGAUGGAUACUUCGGUGACCGUGGUGGAAGAGGUGGAGGAUACGGUGGUGACAAUUACAACAAUGGCUACGGCGGGGGAGAUGGUGAUAACCUAGGCGCUGCUGAUGUACUCAAUACAUCUGUUGCAGGUUACGGAGGUGGUGGAUACGGAGGUGGUGGCGGUGGGAACCGUGGCUAUGGAGGGGGACAAGGCUAUGGCAACCAGGGUGGCGGUGGCGGAGGCGGUUAUGGUGGAAACGGCUACGAUGGCUACAACAACGGUAAUGGAAAUGGAAACUACGGCGGUGGUGGUGGAGAUUCCUCUGUAGGUAACUACGGGAGUGGAGGAGGAGGCGGCGGCGGUGGCAGCAGUGGAGGCAACGGCUACAAUGAUUUUGGCAACUACAACAACCAGUCGUCUAACUACGGCCCCAUGAAAGGAACUAACUUUGGAGGUGGAGGCGGUGGUGGCAGUGGAGGAGGAGGAGGUGGAGGACGGAACAGUGGGCCUUAUGGUGGUGGCUAUGGGGGUAGCACUGGCGGAGGCGGUGGCGGCGGAUACGGUGGUGGUGGUGGUGGCGGCGGAUCUGGCAGACGGUUUUAACAUUGACAAGGACUGAGUACUUAGGAGAGGAGAGCAGAGCAAGCGACAGGGAAGGGCAGGUUGAGAUGUACUGCUCAGCCAAUGAGAUGUACUGCUCAGUGAUGUACAUUAGGAGAAUCAUGGAGCUCAUUUUUAAUCAAAAAAAUAUGUGUCCAGGAUUAUUUUUUAUGUUUCUGGAAAGGCAUUCCAAUGGGGUUUAUGUAGAUUUCUUUUUAAGUAUGGUUUUUAUUUUUGUGUAUCUGCAUUUAAUCAAGUUGAAAUAAAACACCUUUCAGUUUUUUUUAAA